GCCAGACCUCCCUCCCGUGCGAGAUCCCCUCAACCCCCCUCUCAAUAUGGAAUGUCGGUGCCCAUGUUGCCGGCUUCUGGUGAUCCCUAUGCCAGACCCCCCUCUCGUGCGAGGUCCCCUCGGCCUCAGUCACACUACGACAUGUCAAUGGCCAUGGUCCCGGCCUCCCAUAAUCCCUACCAGAGACCUCCCUCGCGUGCGAGAUCCCCCCGGCCUUAUCUCGAAUACGAACCGACGAUGCCGUCUUCCUAUACGGACUACCCUAGACCGACAUCUCGCGCAAGAUCCCCCCUCCUACCGCAGGAAGGCGAACUAGGACUACCCAUGAUUUCAACACCUCAGGCCGUCGCUUACGGCGGGCCUCCAUCCCACGCGGCGUCACCCUGCCCGCCCGAUGAGCCAGAACCUCUGCCACCGUCUGUUCCGAAGCAUCAAUCGUCUUUCAACCGGCCUUCAUCCCGCGAGAUCUCGCCCCUACAGCUCCAGGAACGCGAAGAGUCUCCGCCGCCGCCGCCUCCACCGCCGCACCGGGUUGCAGUCAACCGCCAGCCGUCGAUGGAUAUGGGUGUCCCGCCGACUCCCACCGCCCAUGACCGUUAUGGGAAUCAGUCGAGGACCCCAUCCCCCGCUGCGCAUUCUGAUGCCCAUGGUAAUACACCCUCGCCCCUGAGAGAUGCGAUGGAAGACGUGAUGUCCUCCCUUGAGGAUAUGGGCAUGCCCCGGGACGAGUCGCACUCGCCAUCAGCGCAACCAGUGUUCAAUAACCCUUGGUCACCGGCAGCCUACGACAACUUCCGGAGCACCCGUCCGGCGCAAGCUCCCGCUCGACCGUUGACCGCCACGGGAUUUGACAGUGAUAAGGGCCAUCAGUACGACGGUGCCCAACCACAUAGGAACAGUGUCUAUGCCCACGACCAGCUCGUAGAUGGUCCUCCCCAGCUGAGCAACUAUGUUCAAAGGAUGGAGAGCCGCCUGCGUCAGAUGCAGGAACAGAAUCGGCGGGGUUCGGAGGAUGUACAAGCCUCCGAGGUUGAUGAGGAACCUCCUCCACCUCCAAUGAGGAACGUUCCUUACCACGGACGGCAUAACUCCAUUCCAGCUCAGUUCCCGCAUCUGAGAGGAAGAAGGUCCGGCAACGAUCUGCGCGAGGACAUGCUGGAUCGGAGCUACACCACCAAGUCGAGCACGACGAAUUCCUCGAGUGGUGUGCAGAGCGUCAAUACCAACCUGACCACCAGCACGGAUAAGACUAGCCAGAGCAUGAUGAGCGGCCCAUCCGCUGGUGGGUUCAGUGCUACCAGUGCCGGCAGUCUUGCCAGACGCGGCGGAGGACUGGACGGGCGACCGAAUACAGCUGUCGACACAGUUCGCUCUCGGGGCUUCAGCGAUGUCUCCCGGAUGCAACGACCGGAAACUCCACUCACGGGCGUCUCCUAUCAUUCCAGCCACAACUCCUCUCGCCAAGGCGCGUCGUCGGCCAUCCCGUGGUCGUCGACGGAGGCGGACCCCGAAGAGUCCGCGGGCGUGUUUGGUGGUCUAUCCACCCCCAAAGCUAAGAAGCAUGGGUUCUUCAAAAAGAUCUUCGAGACCGCCAAGACAGGUGCCGCCAAUGCCCGCAGCAGCAUCACAGUCGGGCACACAGGUAGCUCUUACUCGCCUACAAAGGGCCGACCGGUCACUCCCAUCCUCUCCUCACACUCGAACCGAGGAGACGCAGCACGAGAAAUGGGUCUCGGGGGCACUUCCGUCGACUGGGUGCAGGUACGACGGGAUGUGCACCGGGCUAGCUCCCCGAGCCGCAAUGAACGGGUCGAGCGGGCUGAACGGUGCCAGAUGAUGGAUUACCCCGUAAUUUACGCGGUGGAGGAGCUGUACGAGACUGCGGAAGGCGACGAAAGCAUUGAUGGGCUCCCGAUCAGUGAGCCAACAGACUUUGGAGCCGUCAAUCUGACUCUUGUCGACAAGAGUGCCCGAUUUGUCAACAGUCUCCCUCCGAUGACGAAUCCUAUGAGUCUAGCUCAGGGUUAUAUCUGCCGGCCUUAUAAAAGUGACGUUCAACGGCUUCGUGCCAUCUUCACGUGGGUUAGUGAAAAGAUUGCCUGGGACGAGCCUGUCGAAGAGAUUGGAGUCGAUUUGAAACGUGUUGUGCAGACGAGACGAGGAAGCCCGCAAGAGGUUGCAUUCCUGGUGCAAGAGAUGUGCACCUCCGUUGGUUUGCAUGCCGAUGUGGUCAAAGGGUAUCUCAAGCCGCCCGGUGAUUUGUUGGAUCUCGACAGCCUCUCGCGGGCGAACCACUGGUGGAAUUCGAUCCUGGUGGACGGUGAAUGGCGUUUCAUGGAUUGCUCCUUGGCGAGCCCAACGAACCCUCGACGGGACCAAUAUGUGACCAACCCUCUUGCCACGGCCGAGACCUGGUACUUCCUCACGCGCCCGCUCGAGCUCUGCUAUACGCACGUUCCGCUGUCGCCUGAAGAUCAACACAUCUUCCCACCUAUCUCUCCCGACGUUCUACUUGCUCUCCCUACCGCCUGUCCGCCUUACUUCAAGAUGAAUGUGCAAUUCCCCGACUACGAUACCAGUAUUGUUCACAUCGACAACCUCGAGCUUGCGCAGUUCCGCUUGUUUGUCCCGCCCGAUGUAGAGUGCGCCGCCGAAGUUGAAUCACCCGCCUUUGCCCGUGAUGCUGACGGAGAUUACUUCGAAAGCGGAGAUGUCGUGCGCAAACGAGCACUGGUGCAGCCUGACUGGGUCAACGGCCAGAAGCGCAUCACUGUCAAGGCUGUUCUUCCCGGUGACGAGGGACAAGGCACGGUCAAAAUCUACGCGGGGAAGAAGGGCCUCAUGCAUUCCAAUCGAGACAUUCCUCAUCCUCUGGCGCUCGCUCUCCCCAUUGUCCACUCCGGAGAGAACCCAGCCUACGACUUCGUGCUGCGCCAUCCCACCCCUCACGCCCAGCGCCACGACCUGUAUAUAAUGCAGCCCCAGUGUGCCAAGCUCGCCGUCAACAACACGUUCGUCUUCGCCGUCCGCCAGCACCCAUCCACACUUUCAUUCUCGUCAAUCAGCAACGAGUCCGGCAUCGCCGGGCGCGUCUCGCCUUCCAUGUUUGCUCGACCGGCCAGCGCCCUCAGCAUGGUAUCCAGCUCCGCCGCAGGAUCGUCCGUGUCCGCCGUCUCGCACGAGUUCUCAGCCUCCACAUCAGCCAUCUCAUCCAACCGAUCCGCCUCGGGCCGGGAAAAACCAGCCAAGCUGGCCAUCCAAUCACCAUCAGGCAAGAUCCUUCGCCUGACCCGGAAGGCAGACCACAUGCUGGGGUCGGAUGUGGGCAACGACGCAGACGGCAGCGUCUGGGAAACCGUGAUCAAGAUCGGCGAGCGCGGCGUCUGGCGAGGUCUCGUCUUGGCAGAUCGUGUAGCUCGCUGGUGUGUUUUUUGCGAGUGGGAGUGCUUUUAGCUUCUACGAUACCUUUCCGAUUCGACAUAGGACUUGCCCAAUCCCUUCUUAGUGACUAAUUGACUGCACGCACGACACGCAUGA